AUGGUUUCCAAAUCGAUAUCACUCUUGUCGGCCUGCCUUUUUGGUGCCUUGACUGCUGCAAACCCUCAAAACCCCACAGAACCCACGCCUACAGUAUCCUUAUGGCUGCCCCAAUUCGGCGAUGGCGAAGAAAAGAUGUCUCUGGGGGCGUCUGUGAUUGCAGCUAGGCCAGACAUCACAUCCUACGCUCUCUGCCCACUUAGUGUCGAUCAAAAUGUAUGCCAGCAGUCUGGAAUAACGAUUGCCCAAGGCCCGAAGACAUAUGAAAUGACCAACACGAUCGUUGACAAUAAUAUCAAUGGGAAAAAUGAAGUGCGCUGUGAACUCUUUGGUACCAGUAGUGCAUCCUGUGUCGCCUCAGUUUCUGCCAGUGCCAGUGGCUCGGCUGAAGCUACUAUGACGUCCGCCGUUUUCAGUGACCCUUCGAACAUGGUUUUCGUACCUGUCGCCAUCACCGCGGGCGCCGAUAAGCUCAAAAACAUCGCUGCUGCAGCAGAGCCAACUGGUGCCGGAGCAAACGCGGCUUCAGCCAACGGUAGUGGGGGCGCGGCGGCUGCUAGCACAGGCGGUGCACCAAAAGUGACAGGAACAGCAAGAUGGCUGAUGGGUGGUGCUGCUGCGAUGAUAGUAGUUGCUGCGUUGUGA